UCCCCAACAUGGCUGCGCCCAGGUGCGGUGAAGAGCCGCUCUGUGGGACAGAGUGGAAAGAUUAGCGAAGGCGAGAGCAUCCGUGCGGUGAGAACCCAGCCUGAGCCGAGGCGGAGGUUUGUGACACUACAUACUGCCAGGCAUGAUGACUGCAGGUCGCCGCUUUCUUUGGGGCUCUUCCGUCUUUUUUCAUCUGUUUCACCAGCGUGGGACUGAGCCCCGAAGGCGAGGAGUGAUGGCCGGGCGAUGAUCUGGUGGCGGUGCCUGGGCAGUAAGGUGCCUGUCUGUAUUUUAUUUUGCCAUGGAGAGCAAUCAUCAAAGUAAUUACAAACUCAACAAAACUGAGAAGAAGUCCUUUCGGAAACAGAUUAAAGCCAGGCAUACGUUGCUGAGACAUGAAAGCAUUGAGACCGUGUCCUAUGCCACUCAGAGCCUGGCUGUUGCCAAUGGAGGUUUGGGUAAUGGUGUAAGUAGGAACCUGCUGCUUCCUGUUUUAGAGAAAUGUGGACAAGUGGAUGCUCUCCUAAUGCCACCCAAUAAACCCUACUCAUUUGUCAGAUAUAAAACUACAGAAGAAUCCAAGAAAGCUUAUAUUACCCUCAAUGGAAAAGAAAUAGUGAAUGAUUUAGACCAGAAGAUCAUUCUGUACUUGAAUUUUGUGGAAAAAGCACAAUGGAAGGAGCUGGAAGUUCAAGCCUUACCGCCAGGACUCAGGCUAGUGGAAGAAAUUAUUACUCCUGAGGUUGAGACAAUGCUUUUGGAAAGCAUUAACGGGGCAGAAAAUACAGAUAAUCAAAAUUCUCAAAAAUCCUUAAAACACAGACGAGUAAAGCAUUUUGGUUAUGAAUUCCGCUAUGAGAACAACACUGUGGAUAAAGAUAACCCAUUACCUGGGGGUCUUCCUGACAUUUGUGAUAGCAUUUUGGAGAAGUGGUUAAAGGAAGGUUUCAUUAGACAUAAACCUGAUCAAUUGACUAUAAACCAAUAUGAACCUGGGCAAGGAAUUCCUGCUCAUAUUGAUACACAUUCUUCUUUUGAGGAUGAGAUCAUUUCUCUCAGUUUGGGAUCAGAGAUUGUCAUGGAUUUUAAGCACCCAGAUGGUGUCACAGUGCCAGUUAUGUUGCCUCGUCGGAGUUUGCUGGUGAUGACAGGAGAAGCUCGAUACCUUUGGACCCAUGGAAUCACACCCAGAAAAUUUGAUACUGUUCAAGCAUCAAAGGGUCAUAAAAGUGGAAUUAUAACCAGUGAUGUUGGAGACCUAACUUUAAGCAAGAGGGGAAUACGGACAUCAUAUACAUUUAGGAAAGUGAGACAAACACCUUGUAACUGCAGUUACCAUUUGGUCUGUGACAGCCAAAUGAAGGUGACCGCCCCAUCAUUUCCAGAGAGUGAUAAAGGAGCUUCCCAGCUAGAGCAAGAAUAUGUCCACCGAGUUUAUGAAGAAAUCGCUGGGCACUUCAGCAGCACAAGGCACACCCCAUGGCCACACAUUGUGGAGUUUUUGAAAGCAUUGCCAAGUGGUUCGUUAGUGGCAGAUGUUGGAUGUGGAAAUGGAAAAUAUCUCGGCAUCAAUAAGGACUUAUACAUGAUUGGCUGUGAUCGUAGCCAAAACCUGGUGGAUAUUUGCAGGGAGAGGCAGUUUCAGGCCUUUGUCUGUGAUGCAUUGGCUGUUCCAGUACGCAGUGGGUCUUGUGAUGCCUGCAUCUCCAUUGCUGUGAUUCACCAUUUUGCAACAGCAGAGCGUAGAGUGGCAGCUCUCCAAGAACUUGUUCGACUCCUGCGACCCGGAGGGAAGGCUCUCAUUUAUGUCUGGGCAAUGGAACAAGAAUACAAUAAGAAGAAGUCCAAGUAUCUUAGAGAAAACAGACUUAGCCAAGGGAAAAAAGAAGAUAACAAAAAUGAUACAUCAGUGCAAGAGUUGCUUGUGGAGCAAACACCUGAUGUGGGCAAGCAGGAUUCAACAUGUUCUGCCCCCAUGAAUGACUUUCAGGAGGAAGGAUGCAAUUUAAAGAAACUUACUAAUUCCAGGCUGCCUAUUCACACUAACAGGACUUCUUUUCAUUCUCAAGACUUGCUGGUUCCCUGGCACCUUAAGGAAAACUUUGGCAAAGAUAAACGUGUUGAACCAUCUGGCUCAGUGGUACCCCAUGAGCCAGGUUCUGUGUUUCAUCGUUACUACCAUGUGUUCUGUGAGGGAGAACUGGAAGCUGCUUGCCAGACUUUGAGUAAUGUCAGCAUUCUGCAAAGCUUCUAUGAUCAGGGGAACUGGUGUGUGAUUCUUCAAAAAAUCUGAUUCUUCCUAUGAACAUAUCAUACAGGGAAGAAAUGCUCAUUUUCUAUUGUUUUUUAAAGGAGACUAAAUUAGCUCUCUUUUGAGUUAAAGAGAAAAGUACUUGUGGGAAAAAUACCCAAGGAGAGUGCCUGAAAGAAGUGUGGAAUUAGAGAUUAGUUAGGAAACAUCUAGUUUACGACUGUUGCAGACCUCAUUUUAUCCACAAAGGUAGGCUUCUUCUAGGGGAAGGAACAUGGUGGGUUUUAAAGGUGAUUGAAGUAGUUUGUGAAGUAUUUAGGAAACUGGGGUAUAGGUAUAGAAUUUUGAAGAUAAGUUUUUGUUAUAAAAUAUUACCAAGUGAACUCAUGGAGAAUCUUAGUGAAAUCAUUUUAAUAAAGAAAAAUGUUCCUGUUCACUGGAAAAUUGUCUGAGGUUUUAUCUAUGAUUGUUAGCUCUGUAAAAUCACAGCUUAUAACCACUCUGUCACCACACCUUACUUACACAGGGCUUGACACAUAGUAGGUGCUCAGGAAAGUUUAGUGAAUCAGAUAAUGCCCAUAAGUUAGUAGAAGCUUCAGCCAACAAAUACCUAUUGAACCCCUACUAGGUACCAGUUACUAUUUUACAUAUUGGGUAUGGAGCAGUGAGCAAGAAAGAUCAAAGACCUUUCCCUCAUGGAGCUUACAUUCUAGAAGGGAAGACAGACAAUAAACAAAUAAAUUGUUACUACUGCCAGAUAGUCUUAAAUGCUAUGGCGAAAAAGUAAAACAGAGUGGGAUUUUAUCUGGGAACAAACUAUUUUUACAGGGUUGAAAUAACUACUAAUCCUGACUGGUAUUCCUAGUGUAUGGAUCUAGGUGCUAAUGGUAACUGAAAUAUGCUCUUUUAAUGCCUUUAUUUAAAUAGCAAAAGUUAGAAUUGCAAGUCAGACCUAAUUAUGCCAUUAUAGCCAAAGACACAAAGUCAUUAUUAGGUGUUUCUAGUUCAAUCAUAGUUCAUUCCAGUCCAGGUGCAAUCAGGGACUAUUUUCACUUUUUACUUAAAAAUAUUCCAUUAUUACCCAGUUAACCAUCCACUUAGGUCAAGUUUCCAGGAGGAACAAGGGUAGAAAAGUAACCAUAUUCCCUUCUGUAUCAAAUUAUGCAGAAAGGAAAGGUUUUGUGUCUUUAUCUUUUUUUUUUUUUUUUUUUUAAGGGGAAGGAACUUUAAUAAAACUAGGAAACAAUACAGGAAAGGCAAAUAAUCUAGUUUCUAAAUCAAGCACCCAAAGUUACCCGUCCCCUCGUGGGUAAAAGUCCAUCCAUAUGGGAUUGGCCCAGAGCAAGACCCCAAAGCCUGCCACAAAUCUAAAGCAUCUUCCAGUGGGGACCCACAGAAAAGGGUCACAAACAACCGGACAAGCCCGGAAGGAAAAGAGCAAAAUCAACAUCAAGAUAAAAGCUGCCAUUGUCACCUCCCCAUGGGUCUCACCCACAUCUGUGUCACCCAGUCCACGACCAAAAGACAAGCGCAGUUUCUUCACGUGUCUCUAGGCUCCAUGCGCCUCCUCCAGGUCUCCUUCUGGCUCCAUCCUGCUUCCUUCCUCAGUCUCUUCUGCAGCUUCUCCUCUUCCUGAUCAGCUCCACCCUCCCUUGGGUGGGGCAGGGAACCUCCCCCUUUCCUGGGGACCACCCUGUUGUGUCUUUUAAAAAAAUUUUUGCUUUCAGCAUGUAUUGCCUAUAUAGUGGUAAUGCUUAAGACUCCUGAAAGGAAAAACUGCUUUCUGUGAUGGUGCCUAAACAAUUACGUAUCUUGUUACUAAAUGAUAGUGAUGCUUAUCUUCAAGCAUCAAGCUUUCAGAAGCCUGUAGUGAUCAAUAAUAGGUCUUAGAUGAGACAAUGAUUACUGUGUCAUUGAAUUUUAGUAUGAGAUUAUAAUUGUUCCCUCCAGAUGAUUUAAUAAGGUUUAUGAUAUCAGAAGAAAGAAUAUAAAGCUAAAACUAGUUUCAUUUUUGAUACAAAUUCAGGACUUUACAAUUUAAAGUUUAACUCAUGUUAAUAAAAUUUAGCAUACAGCAGAUGAUUUUCUAUCAAGAUGCAAGUACCAAAAGGGAUACAAGAAGAGAUCGGAAAUGAAAGAUAUUGAAAAUAGUUUAGGAAUUCAGAACUUGGCUCUG